CGCGCGCCGCGCGCCGGCUGAUGACGUCAGCCCCCGUCUCCACGUCGCCUCGACAGCUGUGGCGGCGGGGCCAAGAUGGCGGCGGCGGAGGGGAGCGGGGUCGGGGGGGCUGCGAAGCCGCUGUUUGCAGGUCUCUCAGAUGUGUCAAUAUCUGAAGAUAUUCCAGUGGAAGGGGAAAUUACUGUUCCUGUUGGAUCUCAAUCUCCUGAUGAAGACUACUCCACUUUGGAUGAACCUGUUAGGGAUACCAUUAUGAGAGAUCUAAAGGCUGUUGGGAAGAAAUUUGUGCAUGUCAUGUAUCCGAAAAAGAGCAGUGCACUCCUUAGAGACUGGGAUCUUUGGGGCCCAUUGGUGCUUUGUGUCUCGCUUGCACUGAUGCUUCAGGAUGGAUCAGCAGAUAGCAAAGAUGAUGGAGGCCCCCAGUUUGCUGAGGUCUUUGUCAUCAUCUGGUUUGGUGCAGUUGUUAUCACACUAAACUCAAAGCUACUUGGAGGAACUAUAUCUUUUUUUCAGAGCCUGUGUGUUCUGGGUUACUGUGUCCUGCCCCUGACAGUAGCGAUGCUGGUGUGCAGGCUGGUACUGCUGGCAGGUUCUGGGACUGUCAGCUUCAUUGUACGUCUUAUUGUAGUAAUAGCUAUGUUUGGCUGGUCAACAUUAGCAUCUACGGCUUUCCUGGCAGACAGUCAGCCUCCAAACCGCAAAGCUCUUGUUGUUUACCCCAUCUUUCUCUUCUACUUUGUUAUCAGCUGGAUGAUUCUCACCUUUACACCUCAGUGACAUCAGAUCAAAAGAGACUCUGUAAAACAGACUGAAGAUUUUCAUGAAUGCUGCAGUUAAUCGUGGCUUUAUCUCUAAUUUAUAUGUAUGUAUAGAUAGAUAUUGUAAAAAGACAGGUUAUGGGAUAAAGCCUGAGAACUGCAAAAUUGGUCAUUUGUUUGUCCCUCUUCUUGAAAGAUACAGAAGUCCAGCUACUGAGAUUUUUAUUUAGCCCUGUUCUUUAGUUAAGUUUUAAAUAAAAAUAAAAAAAAUACCCACUAUGACAGGGACUAUUCUGCCUGAAGAAUAGAAGGGGGAGACCUUGGAACUUCUUGAAGUUUGAUAGAUGAAGAUGAAGUUAUAGGAUCACAUAACUUAGCAGAAUUCUUGCUUGUGCUUGGAUUCUCGCCGAAGAUGAAUAUGCCUUAUGAAAUAAUAGAACUUAUUUGCUGUUAUGUGUUGAGUAGGUAAGAUGUGUGUUUGACUCCUGUUCUUUUUAAUUCAUUCAUGUACAGAAUGGUGGGAUGUAUAUUAAGUACGUAAUAGGACCAUAAACUUUCACUUCGAGAUUGGAUUUUAGUAAAAAAAAUAAGUUGGGUCCAUUUUGCACUUAACUGGAGCUGGGCAGAAGGGAACUGCCUUUGCUUAUAUUAAUGUAUAUUUAUGUUUCAGCCACUUCACAUGUCAAGAAAGUGUGUUUUAACCAAAUGCCUUGAACACUAUAGUUACACUGACUGAUCCAUAUAUCUUGUGAGAAGGGAGUGUGUUUACACUGGAUAGUUACAGAUUUUUUUCUUGUGACCCUAGAUUAGAGAGUCACAGUCCUGGAGGAACACUCAAGACUGUUUUGCAACAGGGAUGUAGCUAUCGCUCUGCGUAUUUACAACAGAAAAUUGAGCAUCUGGAGAGUACAAAGUAAUGUAUAUACAAAAAGUUUUUUGUGGAGUUUAGGUUUUGAUACAUGAGGUCUUUGGAUGCUAACAUACCAAACAAGGACUUAAGCCCAAAGUUUUAAAAACAGGCUUGAGGACAGAAAAUAAAUUCAUUUGAUGAAGGCAGUGGCUGCUAUGAAGUAGGAUAUAAAUUCUGGUCUUAACUACUUAUAUGUGACUUUCAUUUGGUUGUUUACAUGGACAGUGUUUCAACAUAAAUCAUAUGAUUUUGCAAAUUGUUUCUUCUUGCCUCUAAAGAGAAAUAAGAAACUUUUCUAUGAACUUUUUGUCUAGUACUUUUUUAUAAAAGGAACGGAGGCUUUCUUCUGUGAUACCGUAGGUACACUUAUGUAACCUGCCUGGAGAACUGUGUCCGGCUGUGCCAUUUAUGUUCAAACCUAGAAAUUAAGACUUGGAGAACUGCUCUUUAAAGAUUGUACGGAAAUUUUUUGUCACCUAUUAUUUUCAGUAAGCAAUACAAGGAAAGAGCUUCGGAACAUCUGGGGGUGAAAAAGCUGCUGUUAAAAUGUCACUUUUUCUGAAAAUGAGCAUCGUAUUUCCUUUCUCUUGUAGUAAUGCAAAUAGACCUGAAAUUGGUUAAGUGGAUCCUGUUGAGAUGUAAAUAUGCCUGAUUUCUAUUUAAAUAUAAAAGUGGAAUUUCUGCUGUAAACACUACAAAUACUUUAGCUGUGAUGGAAAUUUCUAAAUAUGUAGAUUUUAAGUACAUUUUGCAUUUCUGGGAGUGAGGAGAAGAGGGAAGGGGAGAAAAUCAGUUAAUCUCUGCAGGGACCGUUGUUUGAUGCAGAACAGUUGUCAUCAGCGAGUGUGUGAAGCUGAAAGCUGUUUUUGCUACCUUCCUUACACCUUGGUGUGUAUGUGUUCUUCGUUGCUGCAAGAGGAGCUAUAGCCUUUCAUAUACUUAGAUAUAAAAUGGAAAUGGAGAAUUUUCGAAGUUGCAUAAAUUAUUACUGAUAUAGAAUGUGAAUUUUCAAGCGUGCAGUUGUCACUUCAUCUUAACAUUUGUUUAGCUUUAUGAAGCUGAAAAGAAAUAGUCAAGGGAAAAAGAAGGAUAGUAAAGUUAUUUGCUAAUACAGUUGGAUUCUUUGAGCCAAAUUCUUCUUUUCUACUGCAGUACAAGGAUUGAAUGCUGCUUCUGUAGGCACCCUUGGAAUUCCAUCUCUGUAGUACGUAAUUUCCAGUGUGUCUCGUGGCUUAAGCUGAUGCUAUAUCUGAAAUAUGUAAUUGGAGUAACACUUAAUUGAUUCAGCAUCCUUUUGAAAAGGAGGAAGAAUAUUUUGAAAGAGGCAUUAACAAAAAUAAUGAGAGCUUUUUCCUUACUUGUUUGACUUAUAUCCAAGCCUCAUGAUGGCUUCUUCUGUAAUGUACUGCUCUUGGCUUAUGUUGGGGGGAGGGAGUUACUUUUGUAUUUACUAGAUUCACUUUUAAACCAGCUGUUGAGGUUUUUAGUUGAGAGGUGUUUUUAAUGUGAAAGAGUAGGUAGAAAUAUGCCAGUUGAAUGGUGAAGGUUUGAUUUUUGGCUCAAGGCAAUCCUUUAGUUUGGAAACCAUCACUUUCUAAAGCAGUAAAAUCUUCAAAUAGAUUUAUAUUGCUAGAGACAUAACUUGCCAUAAAGUUUUAGCUGGCAGGAUGCAAAUAGGGAACUAGAUUUUUCUGAGACUUCAUGCCUCCAGAGGAAUAAAGUUACAUGUCUUGUGUGGA